AUGUCUUUGGCGAGUGUUACUGCUCAAAUGGAGGAAAUGCGCGCGUCAAGCACACCGAAUCGUAAUGAAUCGACGCGGGGUGACCGAUCACUCGACCGUCAUUGUGGUAAUCAAGAAGACAAUUUCGACUGUUAUAGUGAAUGUGGAUCAUAUACGUCAAAUCGUCAUACCCCAACGCGCGGUGGCGGGUGGCGCAAUUACGGUGUUGGUGAAGACAUUUUGGACGACGUAGGACGUAUGCGUGGUGAAGUUAGUACGAUGGGAUCUGCUAACUUCACCGUUGCGGAAGUUGAAUCGGCAUUUAACGAGUUCUCCGGAAGUGACUUUUAUCCGGUUUUAAAAUGGAUUCAAGACUUUGAAGAAAUGGCUGAGUCGAUCGGAUUGUCUGACUUGCGGAAAUAUGUUGUGGCAAAAAGAAAAUUGAGUGGGUUUGCAGAGUCAUCGUUAAAUACAGUGCGUCAUGUAACGAACUGGAACGCGUUAAAGGACUUUCUCAUCGAAGAAUUUCAUUGUCGGGAAAACAGUGCAGGGAUAUACGAACAACUUCGCAAUCGCAAACAAAAAGCGACAGAGACAGUGUUUGAAUAUUUCUUAGUGAUGAGGGAGCUUGGGGCAAAAGCCGAUCUCGAGGCGGAAGCGAUUAUAUCGUACACAGUGAACGGAAUAAUGGAUAACAGCGCAGAGAAGACAGUGCUAUAUGGUGCCAGAACAGUGAAUGAUUUAAUGGAGAAACUUCAUUGUGAUAUUGUUCAUCGUUCAAGAAAUAGGGCUGCCGAAACCAGACGUCUAGUUUGCUACAAGUGCCAAGAGCCGGGACACAUGAUGCGGGAUUGCCCGAAAGAUAAGCGGUCAGUUAAGAUGUGCAAUGCGAAGUCUGUUGUGGAUGGAGGAACAUUUUUGUCUGUUAUGAUCGGUACUGAGCCCAAGCAAGUGUUCUUCGAUUGUGGUGCUGCAGUUUCUCUGAUUCGUGUUGACUUGCAGAAAAACUUGCAACUUCCUCUGAAUCAAGAAGAGAAACAAGAGUUACAUACGCUCAGUGGUCCUGUCUGGACUUUGGGAACAAUAGUACUGCAAAUACGAAUAUCUGACACAGUCAUGCCGUUGAAGUUCUGUGUGAUGGCAAUGGAGCAUCUAAACAUGGAAAUGCUGCUCGGACACGAUCUCUUUUCGCACAUCGUAAAUCCUGCGAUACGAGAACGAACGGUUAACCUCGUAAGCAACUAUAACCCUCGUAUGACGGCAUCAACAGACGUCAAAUUGAGAAUUGUGUUGAAAGAGGAGACCCCAAUCCAACAACAUCCACGCCGCCUAGCACCGUUGGAAAAAGAAAUCGCCCAGAAGCAAGUGGAUCAGUGGCUGAAGAAUGGUAUCAUUCAACCCAGUGCAUCCGAGUUCAGCAGUCCUAUUGUACUGGCCCACAAGAAAGAUUGGUCUGGGAGACUAUGUGUAGACUACCGACGACUGAAUAAAGUGCUAGUUCGCGAUCAUUUCCCACUACCGCUGAUCGAAGAUAUUCUGGAUGACUUACACGGCGCAAGGGUGUUCACCACUUUGGACCUGGAGAAUGGUUUCUUCCAUGUUCCCGUAGACGACAGCAGCCGCAAAUAUACUUCCUUCGUAACCCCCUUUGAUCAGUACGAAUUCCUUGUCACACCAUUUGGACUAAGUACGUCUCCAACUGUGUUCCUGAGGUACAUCAACGAUAUAUUCCGCGAUCUGAUCAAAAAGAAGGUGGUAGUCGUCUACAUAGAUGAUUUGUUAAUCCCAGCGAAAGAUGAACCAGAGGCGUUGAAAAAGUUGACAGAAGUUUUGGCAGUAGCCGAGCAGCAUGGUAUGAGAAUAAAGUGGUCAAAAUGCCAGUUCCUUAAGAGGAAAAUAGAGUACCUUGGCUACGAGGUUGAAAACGGAUCCAUGGUGCCAAUGGAAAACAAAAUUGCAUCCAUCCAAAAUUGUUAA